AACUGAAGGAAAAAAACAGAAAUCAAUCCGACGGCGCGUUUCCAUUGGUUACAGGCUCCUGGUACCCAGGAAAGAGGAUGUAGCAUCUCCUGCGGUAGCUUAGCAAACGGGCCAAAUGUGAGGAAAGGGCGCCUGUCGUGCGGGGUAAUAUGGGGCAGAUGAUGGCUAUAUGAACGUAAAGGUGAUGAUUCACCGGCAGGUGAUACUGACCCAGAACUUGUACCAGAGCAGGUUUCUCGGGCUUGCAGCUAUGGCCUCUCCAUCUCGAGUAUCUCAGGGCAGGCGGAGAUGCAAGGACCCGAUUCGGCACAGUUUCAACCCUGAGCAGUUCCCUAACGUGGACUUCCAGAACGGCAUGCACGAGGAGCUGGCGGCCGCCGUGCUGCGCUCCACCAGCGAUACCAACCUCGUGACCUCCCACUGCCGCUCCACCCUCACCGUCAGCACGUCCAGCUACACCAUCGGCCAGACCCAGGACAUCACCCUCAGCUGGGACAUCAAGGAGGAGGUGGACGCGGGGGACUGGAUUGGCAUGUACCUCAUUGACGAGGUUCUGUCGGAGAACUUUCUGGACUACAAGAACAGAGGUGUCAACGGCUCCCACAGAGGUCAGAUCGUCUGGAAGAUCGAGGCCAGUUCCUACUUUGUAGAACCGGAGACCAAGAUCUGUUUUAAAUACUAUCAUGGCCUGAGCGGUGCUCUGCGGGCCACCACCCCAUGUGUGACCGUCAAGAACCCCGUCGCACCGGUGUUUAAACCAGUGACCACAGAUGAUGUUCCUCAAAGCCAAGGCCGCAGAAGACUCAUCAGCUUCUCUCUGUCAGAUUUCCAGGCCACGGGACUGAAGAAAGGCAUGUUCUUCAACCCUGACCCCUACCUGAAGAUUGCCAUCCAUCCCGGGAAACACAGCAUUUUCCCUGCCCUGCCUCACCACGGUCAGGAGAAGAGAUCGGGCAUCGUCUGCAAUACCAUCAAUCCCGUUUGGCAGAGAGAGCGCUUCAACUUUGUGUCUCUGCCCACGGAUGUGCUGGAGAUCGAGGUAAAGGACAAGUUUGCCAAAAGUCGACCCAUUAUAAAGCGUUUCCUGGGGAAGUUGUCCAUGCCAGUGCAGAGAUUACUGGAGAAGCAUGCCAUCGGGGAUCGUGUGGUGAGCUACACGCUGGGUCGGAGGCUUCCGACGGAACAGGUCAGCGGUCAGCUACAGUUCAGAUUUGAAAUCACCUCUUCUAUCCAUCCAGAUGAUGAGGAUAUGUCUCUCAGCACAGAGCAGCCGGUGGUGGCUGGUGACGCUCAGGUUCAGCCCCAGGCAGAAGACACCAUGAGCUUGGACCAGGCGGCCCCAGAGCUGCCGUUUGACGGAGAUGCAGCUUCUGCCGAGAUGCCUAUGGAUGUGGAACCUGGGCCCAGCUGCGCAGCUGAUGCAGAUGCAGCGGAUGCAGCCGAGAUCGAGCCUUUGGAGGCCGAGGAGAAGACGCAACCAGAGCCUGAGGAAGAGCAGGCGGAGCCUGUCGAACGUCAGGGCGGUGCAGAUGAACAAAGCGCUGUGGAACAAAUGGAAGAAGGCGAGACACAUGCGGAGGCAGAAGAGGGGAACCCAGUGGAGGCGGAGACUGACAGUGCCUUUGACGAUGGACCUGUAGACCCUUCAGAAACUCCUGCGAUGGUUGAAGAGGACGGAAACGCUGACCCUCAAUCAGUCCCGGAAGAAGCAGAGGUGGAUCUUGAAGAAGGCUGUUCGCUGAGGAUCAGAACCACGCCGCGACGGAAAACGCGACCAUGCUCGCUUCCCGUGUCGGAGCUGGAGACGGUCAUCGCUUCUGCCUGCGGAGAACCGGAGACUCCGCGCUCCCACUAUAUCAGAAUACACCACCUUCUGCACAGCCUGCCCUCCACCCAACCUGAAAACCAGGGGGACGGACCCGAACGCGACAGGCCGCAGGGAGUGGAGGAGGAAGAUGAAGAUGAGGAAGAGGGUGCGACACCAGAGGCUCAGGCACUAACGCCCAAUGGCCCGCGGAGGACGCUGCCCCGCAGUCGCUCGCACGAGCGCCUCUCUGAUCUCAUUCAGAUGCUCGAUAGAGAAGGACAGCCCCUCGGGGCUGAGGGCCAGGUUGGAGGUCAAAGGUCGCCAGGGGAAAGCGAAUGUGAUUUGAGUCCGGUUCCCUGCUGCAGUCAUAUGGCACAGAGGACCACGGGACCCAUGCGGACGCCGUCUCUAGAUAGCGCUCGCAGGUCGGAGAGCACUGUGUUUUCAUCGCAGGAUGAUGAGGAUGAGAUGGACAGGGUGAACGGCAUGGUGGGAUCAGAGGCAGAGGCGGGGGCUAAGAACCGAGAGCCGGGAGAAGGAAGGUGUCAGUGGGAAGAGGCACCUGAUAGCCACGUCCAGAGCCCGCACAGCGUUAUGGGUAAUGGAGAAUCAUCUGCAGCUGGACCAAGCAGCAGAAGAGACUGUCCUUUGCCCUGUAAUCACCCUGCAGUCAGUCAGUUACCCGCCCUGCGGCCCGACCCACAUCACUACCCCACCAUAGAUGAGCCGCUGCCACCGAACUGGGAGGCGCGUAUCGACAGCCAUGGCCGUGUGUUUUACGUGGAUCACAUCAACCGGUCCACCACCUGGCAACGGCCCACGACCGCAGCCACGCCGGAUGGCCUGCGCAGGUCUGGUUCAGUCCAGCAGAUGGAGCAGCUCAACAGGAGAUAUCAGACCAUCCAGAGGACAAUGGCCACAGAGAGGAGAGACGAGGAGUCUGGAAGCCCCCGCAACGACAGGACGGCCAACACUGAGACUGACUCGCCUCCACAGACCAACGAGUUGAGGAGAGACACUCCCUGUUCUCCAGGUCACUGUCAGAAGGUCACACUGCUGCUUCAGAGUCCCGCGGUCAAGUUCAUCACUCACCCAGAAUUCUUCACGGUGCUUCAUGCUAAUUAUGGGGCGUAUCGUAUGUUCACCAACAGCUCGUGUCUCAAACACAUGAUCCUGAAGAUCCGCCGCGAUGCUCGCAACUUCGAGCGCUACCAGCACAACCGCGACCUGGUGACCUUCCUGAACCGUUUCGCUGAUGCUCAGCUGGAGCUGCCGCGGGGCUGGGAGAUCAAAACGGACCCGCAGGGGAAGUCUUUCUUCGUAGAUCACAACAGUCGCGCCACCACCUUCAUUGAUCCCAGAAUCCCCCUGCAGAACGGAAGACUGCCCAACCACCUGACGCAUCGCCAGCACCUGCAGAGACUGCGCAGCUACAGCGCAGGAGAGGCAUCCGAGGUGUCGCGCACGCGUGGUGGAGUGUCUUUGUUAGCCAGGCCUGGAAACAGUCUGGUAGCAGCCAUACGAAGCCAAAGCCAGCAGGAGCCCGUCCCAUUAGCAUACAACGACAAGAUCGUCGUGUUUCUACGGCAACCCAACAUCUUCGAGGUGUUACAGGAGCGACAGCCGUCCCUCGCGAGAAACCACUCGCUCAAGGAAAAGGUUCAUCACAUCCGGACUGAAGGCACUCAAAGACUAGAGAAGCUCUCGUGUGAUGCUGACCUGGUCAUACUGUUGAGUUUGUUUGAGGAGGAGAUCAUGUCUUACGUUCCUCUCGCAUCAUUUCACCCGGGGUUCAACUUCUCACCUCGCUGUUCGCCCGGUUCCUCUCCACAGAACUCUCCAGGUACACAGAGAGCUCGAGCACCAGCGCCCUACCGCAGAGACUUUGAAGCCAAACUCCGUAACUUCUACAGGAAACUGGAGGCCAAGGGUUACGGGCAGGGUCCCGGCAAGAUCAAACUGAUUGUCAGACGAGAUCAUCUGUUAGAGGGAACGUUUAAUCAGGUCAUGGCCUACUCACGGAAAGAGCUCCAGAGGAACAAACUCUACAUCACUUUUGUCGGAGAAGAAGGGCUGGACUACAGCGGACCGUCACGAGAGUUCUUCUUCCUGUUGUCUCAGGAGUUGUUUAACCCUUAUUACGGUUUGUUCGAGUACUCCGCCAACGACACGUACACUGUCCAGAUCAGCCCCAUGUCUGCGUUCGUGGAGAACCACUUAGAAUGGUUCCGGUUCAGCGGGCGAAUUCUGGGCCUGGUGUUGAUUCAUCAGUAUUUGUUGGAUGCUUUCUUCACUCGUCCGUUUUAUAAAGCUCUGCUCAGACUAGCCACAGAUCUCAGUGAUCUGGAGUAUCUGGACGAAGAGUUUCAUCAGAGUUUGCAGUGGAUGAAGGACAAUGACAUCACAGACGUGCUGGAUCUCACCUUCACUGUCAAUGAGGAAGUGUUUGGACAAGUGACGGAGCGAGAGCUGAAGUCCGGCGGGACACACGUGCAGGUCACAGAGAAGAAUAAGAAGGAAUACAUCGAGCGGAUGGUGAAGUGGAGGGUGGAGAGAGGUGUGGUACAGCAGACACAAGCGCUCGUCAGAGGAUUCUAUGAGGUGGUGGACUCUCGUCUGGUGUCAGUGUUUGAUGCCAGAGAGCUGGAGCUGGUUAUUGCAGGAACGGCAGAGAUCGAUUUGAACGACUGGAGAAACAACACGGAAUACAGAGGAGGUUAUCACGACGGACACAUUGUCGUCCGUUGGUUCUGGGGAGCCGUGGAGCGAUUCAAUAAUGAACAGAGACUGAGACUGCUGCAGUUUGUGACGGGCACCUCCAGCGUGCCGUACGAGGGUUUCACCGCCCUGCGCGGGAGCAACGGCUUGCGACGCUUCUGCAUCGAGAAGUGGGGCAAGAUCACAUCUCUGCCAAGGGCGCACACUUGCUUCAAUCGCCUGGAUCUUCCUCCCUAUCCGUCCUACACGAUGUUAUAUGAGAAACUGCUCAUCGCUGUGGAAGAGACCAGCACUUUUGGCCUUGAAUGAGGACUUCACACGUAAAACACCUUUAUUCCGGUGACCUGUGUACACUGUAUGUUAUUAUCUGCAAGCGUGAUUCUCGGGGUUUCUUGGGUUCGUUCGGGACAGAACUGCAUGCACAAGCCACGGGUUUGUACAGAUGAAACUGUGUAUGCAAAGAGAAAGAGAAGCCUUCAAUCUGCUUUAACUCUCAGGGCCUCGACCUCCGCUGGAGUCUCUCCGUUCGCACAUGAACCAUGUCGCCAUUUCUGUUCAUGCAGUUUCACAAGAAGAAUUGUAAAGUUAUACCAAAUACACCUAGAGAAAAGCACCACGGCACACACAGAAGAUGGCAUCAUCACAGGAAAUGACAUCACAAAAUCACGUCACUUUGCAGGAGUCAACGGAAGAUGCAACACUUUUGGUCUUGCACUUAUGGAAAUUGAAUAUUAAUGGAUUUUUGUUGAAAUCUGUCCUUCCUAUGAAAGCCUUUGAAAAGGAGUUAAAAACGUCAUGUUGUUGGUGAACUUUGGUUUUGGAGCUUUCAGUGUUGACAGACGGUUGUUUUUUCAUUGAGGUGAGUGGUUAUUCUUGAUGUUUUAGUAUGUUUUACCCAGCUGUGUCACUUGUUAGACAGAAAACUUAGAAAGAGGGAGGAUCUGCUGCUUGUUGCUUUGUCUUAUUAACACAUUUGCUCGAGCUCUCACAACAUUAGAUUUUCACUACACUGUUAUCACUGCCACAAGAAUUCACAAUAAUGAUAUUAUUGACAUUUUAGA